GGAUGCCCAGCUUCGGUCGCCUAGGCAAGCACAGCAACCGUUCGCAGCACGCGGUUGCAGAGGCGCCGCCACAGCAGCAGCAGCAGCAGCAGCAGUCCGGAGCAGCGUCGUCGUCGUCGGCGACUACAAGAGCACCAGCAGCGACGACGGCUGAGGCAGAUUUGCAGCAGGACGCGACCCCUCACGCCUCGCUCCACCACCUCUUCAACGGCUCGCAGACGUCACUCAACGACCUCGCCGGCUACCACCAGGGCCAGCCCGGCGCUGCCUCCGCCUCCGCCUCCGCCCUCCAGACGUCUGCCGCGCCCGAGAAGCGCUCGGCCCGCAAGAUCAUCAAGGGCAUCUUCUCCGGCCGCAGCCACGACAGCCACCGCGACCAGCAGGCCCCCGCCUCUCAGUCGUACGACAACACCGUAGGGCUCGCCCGCCGGCCGUCCAAGCGCAUCAGCAACAGCGGCCCGCCCAACGUCAAGACGGGCCUGUCGCCGAACCCUGACCGCGAUUGGCACACGCCCAGCUCGUCGGUCCAUCAGACCUCGCCGCUGCAAGGAGUGGGCGAGGCUGACGAGUACGGCUACGCUGAGCACAGCCAGCAGCUCCAGCACCAACCGCAGCUCCAGCACCAACAGCACGACCAGUACCAGCAGCACCAGGACCCCCGGCUCUCCGUGCCCGUGCCGCCCAUCAACACCAUCCACGACGCAGCCGGCGCCGACGACAUCACAUCACCCUACGACGAGGGCUAUCACCAGCCGCUGCCUCCCCCGCCGUCUCAGCUGCAGCCCCAGCCCGCUCACACACAGGUGCUUGCAUCCCAGGAGUCCCUGCACCAACAGCUCCAGCUACAUCAGCAGCAGCAACAGUUUGAACUGCAGCUACAGCAACAACAACAGCAGCAGCUUCACUACGACCCCCAGCAGGUCAGCUACGAUCAGCAGGGCCACCAUCAGCAGCAGCAGCAACUGCCACCACCACCCCAGCAGUAUUACACCGCUAGCUCACCGCAAGAUCAGUAUCAUCAGGCGACGGAUCCGCGCAUCGUCACCACGCAUUUGGGCCAACAGCAGCUGCACCAGCAGCAGAACCCGGAAACCGUAUCCCAGCUGUCACGCGAGUCCCCUAUCCCCGACGCGGACCAGCGAUCGCUGAACCAGCAGCUGGAGCAGCAACCGUCACCUGCCAUCCACUACUCGGUGCCGGCUCAGGAGUCCGUCUCGAGCAUCACUCUGCCGCCCGCCCAGCCGUCGAACCAGCAGCAGCAGCAGCUCUCGCAACCUGCCAUGGCACCACCAGGAGCAGGAGGCGCGCCUACAAACCGUCGAACCGCAGACGCUGACAAGGCCCUUCCCGGCGCACCCCCGGGAUUCCGCAUCACUCACACCAACUCCAACAUGAGCCAGCUGCCCGGCGCGCCUCUCCAGCCCGGCCAGCAGCCUACCGGUGGUGCAGUCUCCGGUGCUGGCGCUGCCGCCGCCGCCGGCAAUGCUGGUAACGCGGGUGCUCCUCCGCGAUAUGAAGCAGCGAGUGGCGAUCAAGGGCGGAAUAGUCCUCAGCCCUCGACCCACGAGCGCGACAAUGCCGAAUCGGAAAAGGCCUUUAAGGAACUGCUAACAAAGUACAAAAACGUGAAGCGCCUCUACUUUGACGGCAAAUCGCAAAUCGAGCAGCUCAAUGGCCAGGUCGAGCAUCUGCAGAAUACCGUCGCCAACCAGCGCAUGUCCCAGUCGCGGACUGCGCUCGACGACAACGAGUACGUCAACAGGUUCAACCGGCUCAACGGCGCCAUCAACAACCUAUCGUUCAACAUUCGCAAAGACUGGCGACGCCUGCCCCAAUGGCUCGAGAAGUUUGUCAGCCCAGACGCCCUCAAGACGGGAAAGCAGGAGAUGACGGCGGUGGGCAGAGCCGUCAUCACCAAGUGGGUGGUGGAUGAGGUCUUCAACAAGGUGUUCCACCCGGAUCUGGACGCCGCCUUCAGCGCCCAGCUCAAGGAGAUUGAGCUCCACAUCCGCGGCAACGCGUACACGAUGCACAGCCAGGAGGAGUUUGACGCGCUGACGACCAAGGUGGUCAACUGGCGGAUGGCGACGCUGGACGGGCUGCAGCACAAGCUCAACUCGACGACAUCGGCGGACAACCGCACGACGCUCAUCACCAAGAUGACGACCAACCUGGCGGCCCACCUGUACCAGUUCCUCGUCGAGCCGCCGCCGGCCGGAGUGGAAGGCAGCACGUCGAUGAUUGUGGAGCUGGCCGUGGGCAUUGCCGCCAACCUGCCGCGAGAGAGCCGGGACGUGACCAUUAUGUACCCGCUACCCGGAGAUGUGCUGCAGGCGGCCUUUAUGGAGGUUGAAAAGGGUGGUCUUCCCUCUCUGGACGGCCAGAAGGAGGGAGAGGCCAAGCCGGAUGCCGAAGCAGACAAGGACAAGAAUGGCAGCAGCGGAGACUCCAUCAAGGCUGGGUUCCCUAAAGACGGUAGCCGAGUGCGAUUUGCAGGAUUUGUGGCCAUCGAAGUAAGAGGGCGGCAGGUCUUGAUGAAGGCACCGGUAUGGACGUUGUAA